AUGAAAAUAUGUCUAAGAUAUCUGGCUGAUCCAGGAUUCCAAAAAGGUGUCGGUGAGGAGCUAGGUGUAGAUCAAAGCACGGUGUCACCAGUAGUAUCGAGUGUUGUGGAUAGUGUUGUUGCCCAAGCUGGUUCUUGGAUAAAAUUUCCAACAACCGAACAAGAAAUAGCAGAAGCAAAGGCUUUGUGGCAGAGUAAGCACAGUUUUCCUACUGCUAUUGGUGUGGUCGACUGUACCCAUGUUUGUAUUGAGAAACCUAGAAUUCAUGGUGACGAAUAUAUAAACAGGAAAGGUAAAGCUUCGCUUAAUGUGCAAGGUACAUGCAAUGCUAGAGAAAUGUUUACUAGCAUAGACGUAAGUUGGCCUGGAUCAGUGCAUGACGCUCGUAUCUGGAAAAACUCCACUGUUAAACAAGUUCUAUCCAACACUCGAAAUGCGGGUGAAAUUGGAAAAUACAGGGAGCGGCAGAAAUAUCUGACGGUUUUCAAGCGAGUACCGUCCGGCAGCCAAGUGGAGGAGGGUGGUGGGGAGCGGCUCAUUCUCAAGGCCAAGUGA